AUGCGAAUCACCGCGAGUCCCAACUCAUGCGAGGAUGAUAUGAGAUCCCGUAAAACUGCAUUCAUCGGGGUUUUACUUCGGGGAGUCGAAGAUCACUACGUGCUUGGGAGAGGCGUAUCCGAUUCUAUCCGGUUGGACGCUCAGCACUUGCUUUGGGGAAUGUACCUCGGACAUAUUUUGCACCCACAAAUCCCUAUCACAGAAGGCAUGAAAAUAGCAGAACUUGGAACGGGUACAGGAAUUUGGCUUUUCGACGCAUCAAGAAAACUCCCACCUGCUGUCGAACUCCACGGCUACGACCUCAGCGACGGCCAGUUUCCAGCAAGGCACCUUUGGCCUGAAAACGUCAUUUUGGGGGUGAUGGACUCGUUGAUUGAUCCUCCAUCGAAUCUUGUUGGACAGUAUGAUGUUGUGCAUUUGCGGAUGUGGGCUAGCAACUUGAAGGAGAAUGAUACGGCGCCAGUGCUAGAACACGCGAAGAAGCUCUUGAAGCCAGGAGGAUACAUUCAAUGGGAGGACGCAGACUUGGUCAACCAAGCAGUCUGCGGCGGGGAAGCAGAGCAGUUCGCUGGCAUGAUGAGAGAACUUUUCAAGCAAGUCGGGCUGCAAUAUGAAUGGGUCGCGGACCUUCCAAACCGUUUUCCAUCUCACGGUUUCGAAGUCCUCCACACCGGGAACAAGAAGUUCCACCACGACUUGAUACAGCUUUGCACCAAUACGUAUCUCAUGGCCAUCGCCGAAAUUCUGCGAGGAAUUGAACGAAACUCAGUUGCAAGUGACUCGACUAUCUCGGUGUGGGUGCACGAGGAGACGCUUUCUAAGCUUCUCCAGAAUACGAAGCAUGGGAUGGUUUAUAAUUGGAUUCCGAUAACUGUUCUGGGACAGAAGAAGAACUAGAGGUGUUCUUGCUAUCAAGACUGGGAAUUUGAAUCAAUUCCAUUUUAUUAGGAUAUCGUAAUUGAAAUCUCGUUGCC